UUAACUUUAACAUUUCUGUUAUGGUAACAGCCUGUUGCAGAUGAAAAUGUGACAAGUACGCAGAAUACCCGUGUAAAGCUCUACGACAUUUGACAGUGAAGAAUAUACGAUUCAUGGCCAGCUUCGCACAAGUCAUCAACCCAAUGACUGGACAAAACACAUGGCAAGAGCGCGGCGAUGACUAUGAUUAUCAUCAGGAGGUGGCAAAUGCCGGCUUUGGUGAUAUGCUGCACGACUGGGAGCGCAACCAGAAGUACGAUGCGGCUAUACGGAAAACAAUCGCAGGGAUGCGUCAGGCUGGUAAACAAGUUCAUGUGCUGGACAUUGGCACGGGAACUGGAAUUCUGGCCAUGAUGGCGCUCCGUGCUGGUGCCGAUACAGUGACAGCCUGUGAGGCAUUCGUGCCUAUGGCCAACUGUGCAGCACGUAUUCUGGCAGCCAAUGAUGCCGCUCAUGUGCGGCUCAUACGGAAACGGUCCACAGACAUAGUCAUGGGCGUCGAUAUGCCGCACAGAGCUAAUUUGCUGGUAGCCGAGCUGCUGGACACGGAACUAAUUGGCGAAGGUGCCAUUGGAAUUUACAAUCAUGCACACGAGGAGCUCUUAACUGACGAUGCGCUGUGUAUACCCGCGCGGGCGACGUGCUAUGCUCAGGUAGCGCAAUCGCCACUGGCGUCACAAUGGAACAGCCUAAAGAUUCUGCCUGAUCUGGAUGGCGACAUAUUGCUGCGACCGCCCACACAGUUGCUGCAAUGCAGCGGCGAGGCAGCGCUCCACGAUGUGCAGCUCUCCCAACUGCCGCCGCACUCAUUUCACGUGCUCUCCGAACCCACGCAGAUCUUCCACUUUGACUUCCAGCGCAAGCAGCCGCUCGAGCUAAUGCGAGAGAAUGUCGUUCGUGUUCAGCUCAGCAGGCCGGGUAGCGUUGAAUUGGUUUUCUAUUGGUGGCAAAUUGAGCUGGAUGAUGCCGGCGAGCAACUUCUGAGCUGUGCGCCCUAUUGGGCUCAUCCGGAACUGGAGCAAUUGAAGGCAACCUGCAAAGACAAACAGCGACCGCUUGCAAACAUUGUGCCUUGGCGGGAUCACUGGAUGCAGGCCAUCUACUACAUACCUAAGGCGCUUCAUCUGCAUGACGCUGGCGAAGAGUUCUGGCUGCGAUGCUACCAUGAUGAGUAUUCGCUCUGGUUUGACGCACACAAAGAGCAGCCCGAGAAGCCAGCUAGAAGACACAGUUGCACCUGUGACUUGCACAUGACCUACACCCGCAAUCGCAUCGGCCAGCUGAACCAAAGCAUAAGGAACAAGCGCUACCUCGCCUACCUGGAGCAGGCAGUGCAAUCGAAAUCCGCCCACGUGCUGGUAAUGGGCGAUGGCUGCCUGCUCGGACUUGCCAGCGCUGCCUUGGGUGCCGCCAGCGUGUACUGCCUGGAACCGCACCGCUUCUCGCGCCGUCUGCUCGAGUCAGUGGUCAAACACAAUCAGUUGAAAAACGUGAAGUUCUUGGAUAGCCUAAAGCAGUUGGAGCCCAAUGAGCUAGAUACUAUUACACACAUAUUUGCUGAGCCGUAUUUCUUAAACUCGAUUCUGCCAUGGGAUAACUUUUAUUUUGGAACAUUGUUGCUGCAGCUGGAGCAGCUGCAUCAGAAGCUACCUGCCAAUGUAGAGAUAUCGCCGUGUGCAGCUCGCAUUUUCGCGCUGCCUGUAGAGUUUCUGGAUCUGCAUAAGAUACGUGCGCCCAUUGUUAGCUGCGAAGGCUUCGACCUGAGGCUCUUCGACGACAUGGUGCAGCGCUCUGCGGAACAAGCCUUGUCCCAGGUCGAGGCGCAACCUCUAUGGGAAUAUCCAUGCCGUGCUCUGGCACAGCCGCAGCAAUUGCUCAGCGUUGAUUUCGCCAACUUUGGUGUGGAGCAGAGCAACCACGGCAGCAUAAAACUGACAGCCGAGGGCAACUGCAAUGGUAUUGCGCUGUGGGUGGACUGGCAGCUGUCGCCCAAUGAGAACCCCAAGUCGAUCGUAAGCAGCGGACCCCUGGAGCCCGUUGAAACCGGCCAGUACGUCAAGUGGGAUAUGUUUGUGCGUCAGGGCGUGCACUUCAUCAACCAAACAACGGCAGAGAAAAAAUACCUGAAUUGGAGCACCCAGUUCAGGCCCUUGCUAGGCGAGCUAAAUUUCAACUUUUCGCUAAAUGCGAAUCGGGAAAAAAGUGAAUAAAAACAAACAUAAAUUUAGUACAGGAA